GUGGUCUGUGCGCGGGAUCGAGUAUGGCCUUGUCCUUGGAGGAGCAGCGCCGCGCUAGGAUACAUUAGUGGAAAAUAUCUCUCACAACAAAGAUUAGCUCAGAGGAAGAAAAACUACUACCUAUAACUUGUGAAGCAGUGGUCCUGCACCACAGCCACUGCCACCACCACCACCAUGAGUGUGAUCAUCCGCCUUCAGAAUCUUCCAUGGUCUGCCAAUGCCCUUGACAUCAGAGAAUUCUUCAAGGGCCUCAGCAUUCCAGAGGGUGGUGUUCACAUUGUUGGUGGGGAGCUAGGAGAUGCCUUCAUUGCCUUCAGCACUGAUGAAGAUGCUCGAUUGGCCAUGCAGAAGACUGGCUCCAGCCUGAAGGGCAUCCAGGUGACACUGCUGCUCUCCUCACGCAGCGAGAUGCAGAAGGUCAUUGAGGCUGCCCGGCAGCAGGCCAUGGCACUGCAGGGAUUUGCACCGCCACCAGUCAUCCCAACCCAGCCCACACCCACACCCCAGUCACAACCACAGCCUCCCCCAGUGUCUCAGAUGUCUCAGCCUAACUUACCCAAUCUGCAGCACCAACAAAUGGGUGCACACACCCCAUACCAGGCCCAUGGUCGGCCUGGUGGUGUGGAUGGACCAGAUCAGCUGCAGUCCCGCCUGCCACCCCACAUGGUGCCACCACCCAACCAGCAAAUGGCCCAGCCAGGUUCAUCCAUGUCCAUGCCACCCUCAUCAGGGCCAGGCUCUGGUGUGCCCAUCUUACCGCCGCCUCCCUCUAAGCCUGGAGACUCUCAGGCAGCAGCCAGCUCUACCUCAAGCUCUGACAAAAAGGACGACAAGAAGUCUUCAUCAUCCUCAUCCUCCAGAAGAGACAGUAAGGGUCGGCGACGCAGGACAAAGUCCCGCAGCCGUUCUCGCUCCAGGUCUCGGGACAGAGACCGCCGCAGGCGCCACAGGUCCAGGUCCAGGUCCAGGAGCCGUGACCGCAGCAGCCGGAGCCGCAGGCGCUCCCGCAGCAGGGACAGGGACCGUGGCCGUGACCGGACCCGUGACCGUGACCGGGACAAGGAUCGCAGCAGCCGCUCGGGCCGGGACCGUAACGAGAGGGUGAGCCAGGACAAGAAUGACGGUUCUGUCAGUGUUGUUGACAUCACAAAAGACAACAGCCUUCCUCCCAUUGGGGGCGGAAUGAACAGUGAUGGAAUCCCAGGUCUUGGGGAAAUACCUAACCUGAAGGGACCCUUGCCUAUCAGUCUAGCAGAGCCCUUAAAGAACUCUCCCAUCCAGACACCCUCACACAGCCCUGCCCCAACAUACAACACCGCAGUAGGCAUGGGCCAGAAUUUCCAGGGCUCAAAGAUGUUCAACCCUGGGCUGCCCAUGGGAUUUGGUGCCAUGAACUCCUCGGACUCACCACUUGCCACAAAAUUCAAUGAGCCCAUGGAGACAGAGACAGUUGACGACAGUCCCAUUGUGUUGGAGGGAGCUGAUGGCCCGGCUGAACCCAGGGGCAUGAGAGGCAACAUGGGACCCAGGGGUCCAGGCGAUGCACCAAGACCUGAUGUCAAGGGAGGCCUCCUUGGUGACGGUCCUCCAAAUCAACCUCCUUUUGGGGUCUUCUCAGGACGAGGCAUGGGCUUCAGGGGUAAUGAGGGCUUUGGGUUUGGGAACGGCCCCAUGGGUCGCCCUCACCCCAAUGACAUGGACUUUGAUCCCAGGAACAACAGGGGAGACAGUUCCAGCCGGCAGCGAGACCCCAGAGAUCGUGGCUUCAGGGGGGAGAUGGACGGCAGGAACAAGGACGAUGAGAGGAGCUCCAGGGACGAGUCUGGCUCCUGGGAAUCUGGUGGAAGCAAGAGGGAGCGCAGCAGCCGGUGGGAGGCUGUGGACAAGAGGGACACACUCAAUGACCAGUCUGAGUGGCACUCCCGCGGUGGCCGGAGGGAGGGCUGGGUCGACAGAGAUGACGACAAUUGGGGCGGACGAGGAGAGGGAUGGAAGGAUGAGUUUGGUCGCAGGGAUGACCGUGACACAUACGACGACAGCUAUGGCUACGGGAACUACCGUGGUAGGGGUGGCAGGGGCAUGGACCGGGGACGCAUCGGCAGAGGAGGAAGGGGCUUCAACCCUCGCUUUGGAGGUUAUCCCGGCUUCUCAGAGGAAAAUGGUGAUGAUGGAUAUGGAUUCAGGGGAGGAUUCAGGGGCCGAGGAGGAUUCCGUGGAAGGGGAGCUCCUUUCAACUCUAGGGACGGCGGCAGUGAGUGGAUGGAUGACACGUGCAGUGUUGAGCUCCGCAAUGUGCCCAUUGGUGCCUCCUACCGUGCAAUAAGGGACUUUUUCCAUGGUAUCUUUGUGCCAAAAACUGGAAUCAAGCUUCUGUCAGAUGACCAAGGGAACAGAAUAGAUGUGGCACUGCUGCAGUUCUCCUCACCCAGAGAUGCUCAGAGGGCUUUAAGGUGCUCUGGUAACUAUAUUUUUGACAACAAAGUGGAGGUGAUGCUGACCAGCGAGACACAGUAUGAGGCAGCUGUGGAUGCAAACCAGAUGAAGAUCUUCCCCGGCAGCAGGUCAUCUCAGCCCGGAUCAGACAACACUGCCUGGACUGACAGCACCUGUGUGUGUGUGUCUGGCAUUCCUUCAGGGUGCACAGAGGCUGAGAUUGUCCAGUUCUUUGGCCAGUAUAGUGUGCAGGAUAUCAUCAUUGAACAAGAAAAAGGAAGAUGCUUUGUGAAGCUCAGCACAUCAGAUGCUGCCCACCAUGCUGUCACCAUGCUCAACAAUUCAGGGGAAAGUGGCAACCUUGUGGUGGAAAUGUGUCCCCCCGAUGCCAUGGCGGCAGCAAACAGAAACAAAGACUCCUCUCCCAGCAAAGGCCAAGUAGGAAAGGAUAAGAAAAAGAUGGAGGAGAAAAAGCCUGAGAAGAUUGUAGAGGAACCAAAGCACCAGCCAAUGGGGGCUGACCUUCUGACAGACUCUGUGGUAAUGAAGGGUGUGCCAAAGGACACCACGGAGGCCAACAUCCGGGACUUCUUCAGUGACGAGGGGCUGGUGCCAGAGCGUUUCCACUUUUGUGAUGCUGACAGCAGUGGGACGCGCCAGGUGUACGUGAUCUUCCCUCUGAUAGAGGACGCCCGCAAGGCUGUGGGGAAGAGCCAGCAGCAACUCUCCAAGGUUAAGGUAGAUGUUGAAUUAAUUGCCAAGCCUCUAGUAAUGGUCACAAUGGGCCUGCCAUUCGAUCCAUUGGAACUGAUACGCAAGGGACAGAAGACUGGAGAAACACCAUUCAGUGCAAAGCCUGAAGGUCUGGCAAAUAAUGACAGCAAAGAAGACUCCAAGAAGGACUCUUCAAAGAACAACCACAGCAGUCAAGAGGACAGCAAGGACCUGAUGAGGCCGGAGGAGGUGGCUGCCACCAUGGGUAUCACUCCAGACCAGCUUCAGGGCUUCGCAGCGCCUGGCAUGAUGGGCCAGUUCCCCUACCGUGGUGGCAUGAUGGGACAAUUCCCUGGUGGACCACGAGCCUUCAGGCCCUUCAUGGCCCGGAUGCCCAUGGGAAUGUCUGGAAUGCGAGGACCAGCGGACGCCAGCUUUAACAGGAUGAGGGGCUCUGUUCUGCUGAGGGACCCCAUAGUGGACUCCUCCGCCACUGGCGUGGAGGUUAUGGGCACAGCUAUCACGCCAGAGGAGUUUGGCAAGCCAGGGUGUGUCGUCUCCCUCAGUAAUGUUCCUUACCGCGCCACCACCGAAGAUAUCCUCAACUUCUUCCGUGACUUUCCUGAGCUGCGGCCAGAAAACAUCAUCCGACGGUACAAUGAGUUCAACCAGCCCACGGCCGACGCGCGGGUGUGCUUCAGGUCCCCACAGGAUGCCCAGCGAGCUGUGCAGAACCUCAACAGGACUUACAUCCUGGGACGGCAGGUCUUCAUAGCCAUGCUGUCCGACUAGAGGUGGAUGUUUCUUUCAAUUUAGAUUCAGUCACAGUUCCUAUUUAUUCAGUUUUCACAUGAUUUCUAAUGGUAAAUCUAUUGUUUACUUGGUUAUUUUCAGUUUACAAUGUUAACUGAUGGAUGACAAGUUUUUUUUUUUUUUUUUUUUUUUUUUUAACCUCUGAAAAGAAAUGUUAUGUUAUGUUAUCCAUGUCUGAGUACCUGCAAACUUAACUGUAAAUAGCGUAUAAGUAUUAAUGGAUGUAUAUAUGGAUAAUUCAGUGUGUAACUUGAAAAGUAUUUAUAACUAAGUUUGUAAAUAAACUACUUUCAUACAGAAAAUAA